AUGUUUUUUUACGCCGUUCCCGAAGAGUCGUGCAGAUGCUCGACAGUGCGCAUUUUGAAGAAUUUUACACAAGAGCUAGUGCUCUCCAAGAAACCCGCGAUGAAAGGCAAGAAAUUAUCUGAGUAUGUUAAAAAACUUUUAGAUUUAUCAACGAAGCAGCACGAUUCGAAAAAACUGAACGAUUCGAUGUAUCUGGAUAAAGAAGAGAUGAAAAGAUUGAUUCGAGCAAAUUUCGAAAUGGAUCUUAACAAAAAGAAACCAGAUAAGAUUAAUCACAAGGAAGCUGUGGCCAGUACACCUACAAAAUCUAAACAAAACGUAGCCGAGUUUUUCGAAAACUUUGAACCACAAUCGGCGAUCAAGAAGAAGCCUGUGAAAAAAAUCAAUUUAGAAAACGAUUCAAGCAUCAAUUCGUAUUCUGAAAACAAUAGUGAAAAUUCGCCGCAGUUCCAUAAUGAAACUAAGAGUUUGUUUCCGUGGGAAGAGUUUUCUGAGGUUUUCAAAAAGUUCCCCGGUGUUACUCCCAGACCACAUCUUGACCUAAAAGCUAUUAGGGAAAGAGUCGAGUUGCAGUUGAAGAUGGAAUUCAAGGAGCAAGAUGAGCAGUUCGAGCGAAUCACAAAAAGGCAUUUCGAUGAAUUGGAUAUAGAAAGAGCUACCAGUUUUAUAAAAAGAUACUCUUCCAUCAAAGAUGAUUCCGGAAUUAUCAACAGAAGUUUUCUGGUAUGUAGUAAAUUACAAAAUCAAAAUUCUGGAAACGUAAGCAAUUUUACGGAGAAUAUAUCUACGAAUCAAUCAAAUUAUUGCUAUUGCAUCGAUUGCGCUAAUGAAGAUUCUGGAAUGUUAAAGGAUGAGGAUGAGGAAUCUAAGAAAAGAGAGCUAUUUAAAAGGAAUAAUAUUUCGAGUUCUGCGGAGGUUCACAAAAGCAAUACACCGAAGAAGGAUGAUUCAGGAAACUUCAGUUUUUCGCACAUCGAUCUUCCAAAGACAAAAAUUUUAGAAGUUGAGACUUUCGAAUUUACUGAGAAACUGAAUCUAAAUGAAACACCGUUAAAGGAUGAUUCAGGAAAGUCAAUUUUUUCGAACAUAGAUAUUCCAGAAACAAAUAUUUUGGAAGUUGAGACGUUCGAAUAUUCUGAAGAAUAUGAGAAAUUUGAUAAAUCUAUUGAAAUAGAACAAGAUCAAUACGAAAUGGAAAAAGAACUAAACGACAGUGAAGAAUCUACAAUUCUAAUGGAAUUUGAUGGAAGUAGAAGAGAAGAAGAAAUAUAUUAUCCAAGGUUGACCUAUUUGGAAACUAUAUUUGAAGAAAGUUUUGAAUCUGUACGUUCAGUGAAGAACCGUUUCGAACCAGCCAGUCAAUCGCAGGAUAGUGCAAGUGAUGAUUUAUCAACGAGUAAUGAAGAAGAGCAAAUUAAUUCAAUUAAAGAGAUAAGCCAAACUUCUUCAAUAUUCCACAUUGUGGACGAAACCAAAAGUUUGUUUCCUUGGGAAGACUUUUCUGAAGUUUUCAAAAAGUAUCCAGGCAUAACACCUAGACCGCAUCUUGAUUUAAAUUCAAUCAGGAAAAAAGUCGAAAAGCAAUUGAAGGUGGAAUUUAAAAAGGAAGAUGAACUCUUCGAGAUUAUUAAGAACAGAUAUUUCGAAGAAAAGGACAUAGAGAGAGCUAACAGUUUUAUUAAAAAAUACUCUUUCAUGAAAGAUGAUUCCGGGAUAAUCAACAGAAAAAAUUUGGUAUGUACAAAAUUUAAAAUUGAAGAUUCCGGAUACGUAAGCAAUUUGUCUGAUAAUCAGUCAUUGACAGAGGAAGAUUCUUGCUUUUGCAUUGAUUGCACCAAUCAACAUUCAAAGAUGUUAAGCAAUAACAUUUUAAAAUGUACGAAUUUGGAAAAUCAAAUAUGUAAAUACUUGAAAGAAUCAUACAUUGAUAUUAACGAGCUAAAGAGGAGGGUCAAUAUUAAACUGAAAAUGUUGCGUGAACAAGAUGAAGAAUUUAGAAUAAAAGAAUCCUCUAAUAUAAGUGAAACUAUGGAAAAUGACGAUUCAGGAAUUACCAGUUUUUCGCAUAUUGAUCAUCAACAGACAACUCCAGAAAAUCAGACAAUGGACAAUACCGAAGUCGAUGAGAAUCUCAGACAGAUAGAAGCAGAAAAUGAUAAUUAUGCAGAUUCCGAUUCGGAAGAUUCAUUAAAUUAUUGUGACGAAUCUGAUUUCAAUGAAGAAUGUACAAGAUACGAGGAAUAUUAUCCGAGAAGAAGAUUUUUGGAAACGAUAUUUGAAGAAAGUUUUGAAUCUGAGUGUUUGAAUGACGAUUGGGAAGAAGAAUUAUGCGACGAUGAAGUAUCUCAAAUCGUUGAAACUCUAAAUGAAGAGGAAUUUGUGUCAAAUGGACAAAGUAGAAGAGAAGAUGAACAUUAUCAGAGAAUGAAAAAUUCAGAAAACUUUGAUUCUGAAAGUUCAUUGUUUGAUAGUUUAGAGUAUGUAAUUCAAUCUCAAGAAGAUAAUGCCAUAAAUGAAUCAUCAAAUGUAACUAACCACGAAGUGAUUGAUUCAACCAUCCAUUUGGAAACUGAAGAUGACAGCCAAUUCUCAACGCAACCAAAAAGUUUGUUUCCUUGGGAAGAGUUUUCUGAAGUUUUCAAAAAGUUCCCUGAAAUAACGCCUAGAUCGCACCUUGACCUAAAUGUAAUUAGGAAGCGCGUAGAGAUUCAAUUAGAAUUGGAGUUUAAAAAGGAAGGUGAGUUAUUGGAAAGGAUUAAGAAGAAGCAUCUGGAGAUUACAAGAGCAAAUACUUUUAUCAAAAAAUACUUUUUCAUUAAAGAUAAGUCUGGAACAAUCGACAGAAGAAUAUCUAGUUUUACUCAAAUUGAUCCGAUUAAAAGCGAACAUCAUUCCAAUAAAGUUGAAUUUGAUUUAAACGGCAAAUGCAGAAGAGCCGAAGAAUAUUUUCAAGUGACGAAUAUUUUGAAACCAAAAAUUGAAUCAAGAUCCGAGUCGGAAACAUCAUUUUAUGAUAGUCUUGAAGCAAUCAAUGAGUCGCAGAAAAAUUGUAACAAUACAGAGUCUUCCAAAAACGAGAGGAAAACCACGAAGCUGCUAAGAGAUUGCUAA